UGAAGACUUGAAUCGUCUUCACGCGAAUGCCAUAGAUCUAGAUUUCUAGAACAAGAUUCUAGAAUAUUAGGCUUAUUAGGACUCUAGAAAGAUCUAUCUUUCAUAACUGGUCAAAUGCAGGGGAAUAGAGGAAUAUUAUGUGUUGGAUUGGCCUGUGUUGAUUUUGUUAAUGUUGUGAAUGAAUAUCCUAAGGAGGAUUCUGAUCAAAGGGGCUCUGAUUACUAUUGGCAAAGGGGAGGGAAUGCUUCCAACAACUGUACAGUCCUGUCGUUGCUCUCUGUGCCAUGUGAAUUUGUGGGGGUGCUUGGAUCCCAAGGGGCUGAAGCCAGAUGGAUAGCUAAUGACUUUGCCACGUGUGGUAUAAACAUCAGCCAUAGUGUGGUUAAAGAUGUUCUCUGUCCUGUUGCAACGAUUAUACUUAACGUGGGCACUGGUACGCGCACUAUUUUAUUUUAUCCUAGAGACCGACCAGAGUUGAGCUAUGCAGAGUUCCAUGACAUCUUUAAAGACGACUUCUCUUCAUUUUCAUGGACACAUUUUGAACUAUGUAGUAAUGUCAGUGAAAUAUCUAGUAUGCUAGAUGAUGUCAUCCGUUACAAUAACUCCUUAAAAAACGAUGAUGUUGUCGUUGAUGACAAAGUUUUCAUAUCAGUUGAAAUAGAGAAACCAGAGUUUAGUGGAUAUGAUUCUGUGAUGACAAAAGCAGACCUACUUUUUGUCAGCAAAGAUUACGCAAAAAGUCAAGGAUUUACAGACGCCAGUUGUGCAGUGAAUAAGCUGUCAUCUUUGUGUAAACCAAAUGCUGUGGUGGUUUGUGCAUGGGGAGAUGAGGGUGCAGCGGCCAGCUAUAAAGGUCAGACACUGACGUCUGCAGCCCUGAGGGGUGUCAAGGUCAUCGACAGCCUAGGAGCAGGGGACACUUUUGUGGCUGGCUUUAUGUCAGUGUUGUGGAGGGAACAGUACCUACACAAGUACACACUGACAGACUGCAGGCUAAUCAUACAACAGGCUUUGGACUUUGCUUGUAAAUUGGCAGGGUUGAAGUGCAGUAUGUUUGGGUAUAAAGGGUUGAAGGACUACUGUUGAAAAAAUUAUAACGUUAAGAUUUAUGUUUGAAUGUAAGGGUUGAAAACUACUAUCAAAUUAAAUUAAAAUGUUGAGAUUUAUGUUCGGCUAUAAGGGGUGAAGGACUACAGUAGAAUCAAAUAAAAAAGCUGAGAAAAUGUUAGUUCAAUCAAAAGCUUAGAAAUUCAAUUAUUAUACUUUGAUGUUAAAGUGCAAUAAAUAAAAUGUAUUCAGAUUUUUGUGACAAAA